GGUUGGCAACAACUGAGGAUUGUUGAAGGAGCAGCAUUUGACUCUUUUGACAAUCAGCAUGAUGAAUGUCUUCCAGAAACCCGAAAAGAGCUACUCAGUGAAGUUGAAGAGUGGGGUAAAUCAGCACAUGGCAAAUGUAUAUUCUGGUUGAAUGGUAUGGCAGGAACAGGCAAAUCAACUAUUGCUCGAACAGUGGCACGCAUCUUUCACGAUAAAGAGCAACUUGGUGCUUCAUUUUUCUUCAAACGAGGUGAAGCAGACCGUGCUAAUGCAAAGUACCUGAUAUCAACAAUCGCAAAACAAAUGAUAAUACGCUAUCCAAAGCUAGCACCAGCUGUCUUGGAAGCAGUGGAGAAAGACCCGGAUAUUUCAACCAAAUCCCUCAGCCAACAAUUCAAUCAGUUGCUUCUUCAGCCACUUGUUACCCUGAAUCAAGCAAAUCCUGCAAUUAUUGUGAUUGUGAUUGAUGCUUUGGAUGAAUGCGACCAGGAAGAUCAAAUAACAUUAAUAAUCAAACUUUUCCUACGAGUACAGGAGCUUGAAUCCGUGCAAGUUGGAAUAUUUCUGACUAGCAGACCCGAGCUUCCAAUCCGUCUUGGAUUUAAGGAGAGUCAGAGUCAUCAGGAUCUAGUCCUCCAUGAGCUUCCUGAGCCGGUGAUUGAACAAGACAUUCGCAAGUUCCUGGAAGUUAAGCUUUCAGAAAUACAGGCGGGCGCAUUCUCCCCGAAUUGGCCAGGAAAAGAAAAGAUAGAAAAGCUGGUAAGGAUGGCUGUUCCUUUAUUCAUUUUCGCGGCCACAGCAUGCCGUUUCAUUAAGCAAGGAACGCAUCCGAACCAGCGGCUCGAGAGGUUCCUCGAAUCUCAAGGUACAGGUAAAAGCCAGAUGGACCGGAUAUAUUUGCCUAUUCUAGAACGUUUUUUAGGCAGUGACGAGGAGGAGUCGGAGGAUCUUGUGAAAGAAUUCCAGAACAUCGUCGGUGUUAUUAUUCUUCUUGCUACCCCACUCUCUAUUGAAUCUCUAGCCCUUCUUCUGGAACUGAAUACUUAUGAGAUCAGUGAGACAUUGGCCUCUUUACAUUCAGUCCUCAAUAUACCAAGUGAGCGAGAGACGCCAGUUCGAAUUCUACACCUGUCAUUUCGAGAUUACCUUCUGGCCACACAGAGCCGAUUUCAUAUCAAUGAGCAAGAGACGCAUGGGAAGAUAGCGACACAUUGUCUCCGGGUUAUGGACACUCAGCUGGAACACAAUGUCUGUAAUCUGGCAAGUUACGGAAUGCAGUGCAAGGAUAUCGAUCCGCAGGUCAUUAAUCACCGCUUCACAGCAGAUAUACAAUACUCCUGCAAGUACUGGGUGCUUCAUGUUCGAGAAAGCAAAGGUCUUAUCUCCAAAUCUGAGAUUCUCUGUUUUCUUAAGAAACGUUUUCUGCACUGGCUGGAGGCACUAGCUUUGAUGGGGAAAAUAUCUGAAGCAGUGGAAAUGAUAGAUACAUUGAAGACGAGUACAGAGGACAAUAUUGAUGCUGAGCUUUGGGACUUUCUAUAUGAUGCAAGAAGGUUUACUCUUCAAUAUGCUUACAUGGCUGGCAUUGCUCCACUGCAACUCUACAGUUCCGGGCUCGUGUUUGCACCUGUACAAAGUAUUAUCAAGAAGACUUUUCUUGGUGAAAUACCAAAACAAAUGCAAAAGCUUCCAGUCGUCGAAGAUUCAUGGAGCCCAAACCUACAGACGCUUGAGGGCCAUUCAGAUUAUAUCAAAUCAGUGGCCUUCUCUCCUGAUGGGCUCACCCUGGCGUCAGGCUCGAGUGAUAAGACUGUCAAGCUCUGGGAUACAGCCACCGGCAGACAGCGGCAGACGCUCGAAGGCCAUUCAGGUUAUAUCAAUUCAGUGGCCUUCUCUCCUGAUGGGCUCACCCUGGUGUCAGGCUCGGACGAUAAGACUGUCAAGCUCUGGGAUACAGCCACCGGCAGACAGCGGCAGACGCUCAAGGGCCAUUCAGAUUGGAUCAAUUCAGUGGCCUUCUCUCCUGAUGGGCUCACCCUGGCGUCAGGCUCGAAUGAUAAGACCGUCAAGCUCUGGGAUACAGCCACCGGCAGACAGCGGCAGACGCUCAAGGGCCAUUCAGGUUAUAUUAAAUCAGUGGCCUUCUCUCCUGAUGGGCUCACCCUGGCGUCGGGCUCGAACGAUAAGACUGUCAAGCUCUGGGAUACAGCCACCGGCAGACAGCGGCAGACGCUCGAGGGCCAUUCAGAUUGGGUUAAUUCAGUGGCCUUCUCUCCUGAUGGGCUCACCCUGGCGUCAGGCUCGGACGAUAAGACCGUCAAGCUCUGGGAUACAGCCACCGGCAGACAGCGGCAGACGCUCGAAGGCCAUUCAGGUUAUAUCAAUUCAGUGGCCUUCUCUCCUGAUGGGCUCACCCUGGCGUCGGGCUCGGACGAUAAGACCAUCAAGCUCUGGGAUACAGCCACCGGCAGACAGCGGCAGACGCUCGAAGGCCAUUCAGGUUAUAUCAAUUCAGUGGUCUUCUCUCCUGAUAGGCUCACCCUAGCGUCAGGCUCGAACGAUACGACCAUCAAGCUCUGGGAUACAGCCACCGGCAGACAGCGGCAGACGCUCGAAGGCUAUUCAGAUUAUAUUAAUUCAGUGGCCUUCUCUCCUGAUGGGCUCACCCUGGCGUCGGGCUCGAAUGAUACGACCGUCAAGCUCUGGGAUACAGCCACCGGCAGACAGCGGCAGACGCUCAAGGGCCAUUCAGAUUGGAUCAAUUCAGUGGCCUUCUCUCCUGAUGGGCUCACCCUGGCGUCAGGCUCGGACGAUAAGACUGUCAAGCUCUGGGAUACAGCCACCGGCAGACAGCGGCAGACGCUCAAGGGCCAUUCAGGUUGGGUUAAUUCAGUGGCCUUCUCUCCUGAUGGGCUCACCCUGGCGUCGGGCUCGAGUGAUAAGACCGUCAAGCUCUGGGAUACAGCCACCGGCAGACAGCGGCAGACGCUCAAGGGCCAUUCAGAUUGGAUCAAUUCAGUGGCCUUCUCUCCUGAUGGGCUCACCCUGGCGUCAGGCUCGGACGAUAAGAUCGUCAAGCUCUGGGAUACAGCCACCGGCAGACAGCGGCAGACGCUCGAGGGCCAUUCAGAUUUGUUUACUUCAAUUCUGAAUAACUCUGAUCCCAAUUUCCAAAUAUCUUUAUCAGAAACCUGGAUUGCAUUAGCAGAUCAAAAUAUACUGUGGCUGCCUGCUGAGUAUCGCUCAUUUUCAUGUCAUGCUGUUAAAGACGCCACACUUGCCCUGGGGUAUCCCAGUGGUCGAGUUUCCAUUAUAGGAUUCUAUACACGUUAGAUUAAUAUUCUUUGUAUUCCACUCAAGUCUCUUAUUUUCUAAUCUCUUUGUAAAAGGAGGGCCUGGGAUAACUGAGGCUUAUAUAUCAUUCUUUGAGAUAAACAAGAACUCUGCAG